AUGAAUCAGAUACUACGAGCAGCAAAAUUUGCAAAUGCACCAAGCGUUCUGGUGACAGCACAGGAAGUUGUAGUACCCCGGGUAUACAAGAAUUUCAAUGUUGCUCAUUAUAAAUAUGCUAAAACAAUGCCACGUGAUCUGCUGCUGGAGGAGAUUCCGAAACAUGAGGGAUUAUACUGUUUGUUACGCGAUAAAAUCGACAAGCAGGUAUUGGAAAAGGCAAAAAAGCUAAAAGUUAUUUCUACAAUGUCGGUUGGUUAUGAUCAUAUCGAUAUUAAAGAAUGUAAAAAACGCGGAAUUAUUGUAACCAACACUCCCGAUGUUCUCACAGAAACGACCGCUGAAACCACUUUAGCUUUAAUGCUUGCAACAGCACGACGUUUUCCAGAAGCUAUUCGAGAAGCCAAAACAGGUGGCUGGGGAACUUGGCAACCGUUUUAUAUGUGUGGUGUUGGAAUUCGUGAUUCUGUGGUUGGCAUCAUUGGUUUUGGACGUAUUGGUCAGUCAGUAGCACAAAAAAUCAAAUCGUUUAAUCCGUCAAAGAUUCUCUGCUAUGAUCCAUAUCCAAACGAAGAACAUGCAAAACCUUUUGGUGCAAAAUUUGUUUCAAUGGAUGAACUGUUAGCAAAAUCUGAUUUUGUAACAAUAAACUGUGCAGCAACUGCUGAAAAUGCAGGAAUGAUGAAUAAAGAAGCAUUCAAAAAGAUGAAGAAAAAUGCUGUUCUUGUUAAUACCAGCAGGGGUACACUGGUAAAUCAGACUGAUCUACAUGAGGCACUAACAAAUGGUACAAUAAGAGCCGCCGGUUUAGAUGUAACUACACCAGAACCAUUGCCUUUGGACAGCCCACUGUUUAAAUUGGAUAACUGUAUUGUACUACCGCAUAUUGGUUCGGCAACUGAAGCUACCCGAAAAGAUAUGAUGGAACUUGCUGAAGAUGGCCUUAUUGCUGCACUUACUGGCAAACAAAUUCCAGCAAAAAUACGAGCUGUAUAA